AUGAUUGCAGACUUCUCAGUGUUUGGACCGUUUUGCCAGCUCCCAGCGAUUGGACCGCGCAAGUGCUGCCAUGAUGUUGGUUGGAGGAGGGUGAUCAGCACGGGACCUUUGCCCAGCGCUGGAUCUCAGAAUUUUGAGCAUAGAACGUAUAAGCCAACAAACUGGAUAACGACUAUUGUAGAUAAGAGUCGUGAUGUCUAUGACACUGAAAAUGGAUUUUUGCGUCUCAACCAGUAUACUAAUGGAUCAAAUGUAAAAGGUAUAUCAGUGGAGACAGGACAACCUGUGAUGUUAUUUGUUCCAAUUAAAAAAGGCCAAUUCGCUACCAUAUCAUACUUCCUGCCACCCGGAGUGGAUGCUCCUAAACCAUUAAUCUCUAAUGUUUUCCAUGAAACUUUUACUGAAGUGUCCUUGUAUAUUAGGACUUUACAGAGAUCUGCUGUAGAUUCAGAUAUUUAUAGACUUGGAAAUAUUCUACAAAAAAUGUUGAUUUCCCAGAAAAAAUCAUUUGAUGGUUCAUUUAUUGGAUGCUGUCUCUAUGAUGGUCCAGAUAAAAGCUCCCGACAUAUUGAAGUGUUUUUUAUGGCGAUAUAG